AUGCUCAACUCACUCACGCUUACAGUGCUGAGUGGACUGUCCCUGCUUCCACGUCCAGCAGCAGCGCGUCCUGAGCCACGAAAUGCAGUUUGCCCUCACGCCGAAGUCACUCUGCAGCCUGUAGUCUGUGUCGAAAAAGUUCCCAUUUACCUCAGUACACUCGUCUGUUCGAACACAGUGUUGACCGUCGCCGGGACUACCAUCGACGUUUCCAAUGCACCAACUCUUAUUAUUUCCGAAUUCCUGGCUACCACGACCGCACGAUACACUUCAACCUUAAAUCCUGAUCCUGCUUUCACCGGACCCUUCACCACCGUGACAGGUGGGACAUGGACCGGCACAACUGCUACGACCUUGACCGUUCCCCCCGCUGGCUCUGACACAACAGGAACAGUUGUGAUCCUGGAGCCUACCAAGCCGGGCCCUGGUUUUACCGGUCCCUUUACCACCGUCACAGGAGGCGUAUGGACUGGCACAGCUGCCACAAGCGUGACUCUUGCCCCAAACCCUGGCGAUUCCACUGGCACAGUGAUUAUCCUCGACCCUUCUUCUGAUUCUGGCUUCGAUGGACCAUUCACUACUAUAAAUGGUGGUACAUGGACCGGCACAGCACCUACUACAAUUACGAUUGCGCCUGAUGCAGGUGACCCUACUGGCACGGUCAUUGUUCUCAACCCGACUUUAGAUUCCGACUUCAGCGGACCCUUCACCACGGUCACUGGUGGCAGUUGGACUGGCACAGUUCCAACUACUAUAACUCGGCCGCCAGGUGCUGGGGAUUCCACUGGCACCAUUAUUGUUCUCAACCCAAUUGUGACCGACGCAGACACCUUUACUGGGCCGUUCACUACAGUCACCGGCGGGAGCUGGACUGGCACAGUCACCACAGCCUUUACACUGCCCCCUGGGCCGGGGGAUACUACGGGCACUGUAGUGAUCCUUGAUCCAGUAGUCACUGAUGCUACUACCUUUACUGGUCCAUUCACAACGGUGACUGGAGGUAGCUGGACCGGUACUGCUGCCACCACAGUCACUGUUGCUCCUGGCCCAGGUGAUGCUACUGGAACCGUGAUUGUACUUGAGCCUGAGAUCACAGGAGCGGCGACUUUCACAGGUCCUUUCACAACAGUAACAGGAGGUAGCGGGUCUGGCACUAGUGCAACAACUGUUACUCUGCCCCCUGGCCCUGGCGACGCUACUGGGACAGUCAUUGUGCUGAACCCCACUGCAACAGAACCUCCAGUCUUCACGGGACCCUUCACUACGAUUGAUGGCGGAAGCUGGACUGGAACUGUUGCCACGUCUAUUACCCUGCCUCCAGGAUCAGGUGACUCCACAGGAACGGUUAUAGUUCUUGACCCUCUACAAACAGAUGCAGCUACUUUCACCGGGCCAUUCACAACUGUUGACGGCGGUACCUGGACUGGGACUGUGCCUACCACCAUCACGCUGGCUCCCGAUGAAGGCGAUCCCACUGGCACUGUCAUUAUCUUGAGUCCUGCGCCGACGGGCCCAACCACUUUCACUGGGCCAUUCACAACUGUCGAUGGCGGAAGCUGGACUGGGGCAGUACCAACUACAAUCACGCUGGCCCCUGACGAAGGCGAUCCCACAGGCACGGUUAUUAUCUUGAAUCCUGCAACGGAUAUUACAACGACUUUCACUGGGCCGUUCACAACUGUUGAGGGUGGUAGCUGGACAGGUUCGGUUCCUACAUCAAUUACUCUUCCACCAGGACCAGGCGACGCCACUGGCACUAUCAUUGUGCUUGAUCCUUCCGAUGCGGCUGAAACUACCUUCACCGGCCCCUUCACCACAAUCACGGGAGGUUCUUGGACAGGAACAGCCCCUACAGCCUUCACGAGGGAUCCGUCUUCUGGCGACCUGACGGGUACAGUGAUCGUCUUUGUUCCCUCCGAAUCAACAACAACGUUUACCGGACCUUUCACUACACUUGAUGGAGGCUCGUGGACUGGCAGCGGUCCUUCAACCCUGACCCUUGCUCCUACCGGCACGGACACUAUUGGUACUCAGAUCAUUUUCACCCCUGUUGGACCGAGCGACGAGCCAUCGUCCGCAAGCCAGACCAACAGUGCCUCAGCUGCUUCUAGCCAGCAACCCGUCACUUUGGGUACUCAGGAACCCUCUGGAGCACAGACGUCUGCCGCUUCAAGUGGGGGAGCUGCUUCGUCAGGGGCUGCUUCGAGCGCAGAAUCCGCCUCUUCUGUAGCAGUGUCGAGCCCCGUACCCGCGUCCUCCGAGCCAGCCUCAUCGGCUGAUGCAUCGAGCGCUGCGCCGGUUUCUUCAGGGGCGGCAUCUGUCUUCCGAGCCAGCCUCUUCGGCCGCUGGAUCAAGCGCGAUUGUGGCCUCUUCUGCGCCGGCGUCUUCUGCACUGGCGUCAUCCGCACCAGCUUCUUCUGCACCAGCUUCUUCUGCGCCGGCUUCUUCUGCACCGGCGUCAUCCGCACCAGCUUCUUCUGCACCAGCUUCUUCUGCACCAGCGUCUUCUGCAUUACUCUUGGACCCUUCGCGGCUGGCAACAUUCUGACGUGCUUGACAACCAACAUCAAUAUCUUCACCGCCGGUACUGACAUCGCGGAGUGUGUUUUGACCGCACUUGAGGCUCGCUGCAUCACGACACUUCCAUCCGCAUGUUCAUCUUUGUCGUCCAGCAACGGCUUGGAGCUGAUCGGGAACAUCGCUGGUUGCACCAUCGCUCUUGGGCCUUUCGCCCUGGGUAGCGCUGCUAGCUGUCUCUCGACAGGCUCCAUUACUUCUUCCAGCACCGGCGUCGGCGUUGUCGAAUGUCUCGAAAUUGCCUUUGGCAUAAGAUCUGGCGUCGUCACAAUCACCGACCCUGCCCUCUGCGCCACGGCAACGCCGACACCCGUCACGCCUGUCUGCGCGGAGGUGCCCGCGCCGUGCCAGGAUCUUGGAGACGUGAACGGGCUCGCCCUUAUCGCCGCCAUCCCUCUUUGCACGGCGGCCCUCGGCGUCUUUGCCGUCGGCAAUGUCGCCACUUGUCUUGGUACUGAUCUGAUAAGCCAGAACAGCCUCGGAACGACAGUCGUGGGAUGCCUGGAGGGAGCGCUGCAAUCAACCUGCAUCAGUGAACUACCGGGCCCGUGCCAGAACUUGCAAGACAACACCGUCGUGCAGUUGGCCAUCAACCUGCCGCUUUGCACUGCAGCUCUCGGCCCUUUCGCCGCCGGAAAUGUCCUUACUUGUCUGACUUCAGGUCUAGGGAAUGGGAACUCUGUUAUUGACUGUUUGAACGACGCCCUGUUUGGAGGAGGGGGUGAGGCUGCUGCGAUUCGUAUCUAG